AUGGUUAAUGCAUUGGCUGGAAGUAUGUCAGGUGUAAUAUCAACCAUAGUAUUGGCACCUCUCGAUGUAGUUAAAACACGUUUAAUCAUUCAAAGAAUUCCUCAUAUACCAAAAUAUCAAAAAUCGAAAGGAAUUUUAGGAACAAUGAAACACAUGAUCAAACACGAAGGAAUUACAAGUUUAUACAAAGGAUUAGGAACAAAUUUAUUGGGAUAUGUUCCGAAUUGGGCAAUUUACUUUACAUCAUAUGAACAUUUUAAAGAGUCAUUCGGAAAGAGUGCUUUACUUUCAAAUCAUGUACAUUUAAAUCACGUUUUUAGUUCGAUGCUCAGUGGAUUUAUUACUUCAUUCAUAACAUCACCUAUGUGGGUUGUAAAAACUAGAAUGCAAACACAAGUAGAAAAGAAAUAUACUGGAACUUUUCAUGCCUUGAGUGAAAUUUUCAAAACUGAAGGCAUUAGAGGUUUAUAUAGAGGAUUAGCUCCUUCAUUAUUUGGUUUAAUUCACGUUGGUGUACAAUUCCCAACUUAUGAAUAUUUGAAAAGAUUAUUGAAAGAUCAUGAUAAGAGACAUAAUUCAACAGUUGAUAUUUUAAUAGCCAGUUCUGUUAGUAAGAUUAUAGCCAGUAUGAUUGCAUAUCCUCACGAAGUGUUGAGAUCUAGAUUACAAGAUCAUGGACAUGGUAAAAAUAUUCAAACAGGAGCUAAUUAUGAACCAUAUAAAGGAAUGAGGGAUGCUAUUUACAGAAUUUGGCAUGAAGAAGGAUAUAGAGGAUUUUAUCGUGGAAUGGGAGCUAAUUUAGUGAGAGUUGUACCUGCUGCAGUGUUAACUUUGGGCAGUUUCGAGUUUUGUUCACAAAUGUUCCAAAAAUUUGAUUCCUAA